UUAGAACAUAAAAUACAUUAAAAGAAGAGGAAUCGGAAGCUAGCCAGUUCUACCAGUAAUUCUUUCGUUUAUCAAUCUCUACGGUAUUUGUUUUGACUUAUCACUUACAUAUAGACAUAUAUUUAUGCUUUAUGUGUUGUGUGAAGAACGUAUGCGAAGGCAUAUAAAUCCAAAAUUGUAAAAUAAUACUUCAACAAUCGGUUAUAAACAUGGAUGAGAGUGCUGUUAUGAAAAGACGUAUUACGAUUCGUGGCAUUAUAGAGAAAGAUACUGUUGAGAAUAUAAAGAAAGCUUUCAACCGCCACAUCCAUUUCACUUUAAUGAGAGAUAGAAAUGUGGCGACCCCAAGAGAUUAUUAUUUUGCUCUGGCGCUGACAAUAAAAGACCAGUUGAUUGGGCGUUGGAUUCGAACACAGCAAUACUAUUACGAUGUUGAUCCAAAACGCGUUUAUUAUAUUUCUAUGGAAUUUUACAUGGGGAAGUUUUUGAAAAAUGCCUUGAUUUGUUUGAAUAGUCUAGCGAAUUAUGAAGAAGCGAUGAAGCAGUUAAACCUAGAUUUGAACAGUUUACUUGAACAAGAAGAAGAAGCAGGUUUAGGAAAUGGUGGUCUUGGAAGAUUAGCAGCUUGCUUUUUAGAUUCCAUGGCUACAGUGGGUAUCGCUGGUUAUGGAUAUGGAAUUCGGUACAAUUAUGGUAUAUUUAAACAGUACAUGGAAAAUGGAUGGCAGUGUGAAUCAGCCGACGAAUGGCUUCUGUACGAAAAUCCAUGGGAAAAACAAAGACCGGAACACAAAGUAGAUGUAAAUUUUGGAGGUCGCGUUGAAUUGAUUGAUGAACGAUUUCAGUGGGUUGACACCUACAAAGUAAUUGCAACGCCAUAUGACUACCCAGUUUCCGGUUUUGCAAAUAAUAAAGUAAACACACUUAGACUUUGGUCAGCUAAAGCACCACAUAAUUUCCAAUUGCAAUUUUUCAAUAAUGGUGAUUAUAUAAGAGCUGUUUUAGAUAGAAAUUCGGCAGAAAAUAUCUCCUGUGUCCUGUACCCCAAUGAUGCUUUCUUUGAAGGUCAAGAAUUGCGACUCAAGCAAGAGUAUUUCCUAGUAGCAGCAACUUUACAUGAUGUUAUACGAAGAUUCAAAGCUGACAUUUAUGGACGUAGUAAAAAAGGAAAAGCAAUGUUUUUUAACCUACCAAAGAAAGUUGCAAUUCAGUUGAAUGACACCCAUCCUGCAUUGGCAAUACCAGAGUUAAUGAGAAUUCUUGUAGAUGAAGAAUACAUUGACUGGGACGCUGCAUGGAGCAUUUCCUGUCAGACAUUUGCUUAUACAAAUCACACAUUAAUGUCAGAAGCACUUGAACGGUGGCCUGUUACCAUAUUCGAAACAUUACUUCCGAGACAUUUGCAACUUAUUUAUCAUAUCAACCAUUUACAUUUAGAAAAAGUUGCUAGAGAAUAUCCCAACGAUCCUGAUCGCAUUCGGCGAAUGUCCGUAUUCGAGGAAUACCCUUAUAAGAAAAUAAACAUGGCGUACCUUUGUAUCGUCGGUUCACAUGCAGUUAAUGGUGUUGCACAUCUUCACUCGGAACUGAUAAAAUCAGGUCUUUUCAAAGAUUUCUAUGAAAUGUCACCCGAAAAGUUUCAAAAUAAAACAAAUGGAAUAUCCCCAAGACGAUGGAUUCUCCAGUGUAAUACUGCACUAGCGGAUGCACUUGUGGACAAAAUUAGUAAUCAGUGGGUAACUAAUUUAUCAAAAUUAAGGGAAAUUGAAUCAUUUAUUUAUGAUCAAGACUUUGUAAGAACUAUAAUGUCAAUAAAACGAGAAAAUAAAAGAAGACUCGCCCAGUAUAUUAAAGAUCACUAUGACAAAACUAUAAAUGAAGAUUCCUUGUUUGACGUUCAUGUCAAAAGGAUCCAUGAAUAUAAACGCCAAUUAUUGAACUGUUUGCAUGUAAUUACCAAAUACUGUCGUAUUAAAUACGAAAAACAAAAUGUGGUGCCUCGAACAGUUAUAAUUGGAGGUAAAGCAGCACCAGGAUAUAAAAUGGCCAAACUCAUAAUAAAGUUCAUUAACAAUGUUUCUCUUGUCAUCAACGAUGAUCCUGACAUAGGAGAUCAACUUAAAGUAAUCUUCCUGGAAAAUUAUUGUGUAUCUUUAGCAGAACUAGUAAUUCCAGCUGCUGAGCUAAGUCAACAAAUUUCAACAGCUGGCACAGAAGCUUCGGGAACAGGCAACAUGAAAUUUAUGGCUAACGGGGCUUUAACAAUUGGCACACUGGAUGGAGCUAAUAUUGAGAUGGCAGAAGAAGUAGGGCAAGAAAAUAUGUUUAUUUUUGGACAUUGUGUUGAUGAAGUAAAUAGAAUCAAAGAAUCAGGAUAUGAUCCAUCAGAAUAUUAUCAUGGAUCAGAUGAAUUGAAAAGAGCAUUAGAUUUAAUCAAAGAUGGCUAUUUUAGCCCGGAAGACUCUAGCUUGUUUACAGAUAUAUUUAACAAUUUGUUUUAUAGCGACGAAUAUUUACUGUUAGCUGACUUCCAGUCAUAUAUGGAGGCACAGGAUCAAGUAGAACAACUUUACAGAAGGCCCGAAGAAUGGACCAGAAAAUCAAUCCUAAAUAUUUCUGCUUGUGGGAAAUUUUCAAGUGACAGAACAAUACGAGAGUACUCCAGAGACAUUUGGAAUGCAGAACUAUCAGAAACUCUUCUUCGUCCAAACCUCUAGAUAUUUGUAAUCAAUAACUUCCAUUUAUGAUUAUCUUUAUUUCAAAAUUAUUCUCAAAUUAGAAAGUACUAU